ACCUUUUUCUACCGGUAGCUGACGGAUUUUACUCCCGUGAUUAUAAAUUAACAGAAAAUUAAACUGAAAAUAACUUCUAAAUUUUAAAGUAAGGAAUGCCUACACUUCUGAUUUUAAGCACGGAAACAAAAAAGAUGUACAUUCCUCUCGGCAACAUGAGAGCAAGUUACGACGGGAGCAAGCUACGAGAGAAGCAGUCCAUUAUCGGCCCAUUUAUGGAUUCUGGGCAGCAUUUCAACGGAAACAUGAACCUUUACACAAAUUACUUUGGCGUUAACUUUAAUUGAUUAAUGAUUACAGUGUUUUUUAUUUAGGAAAAUUAUGUUGGCUGCACUGAGUACAGGUGAUUUUUCGAUCCAAAGCUAAAACCUCCUCUAGAUGUAAACAACGCUCCUCCAAGUUAUUAAUCUCUAGACAGAACCGAUGACAUCAAUUAUAAAGUUCCAAGCUCUCUCAGGAGCCAAAGAUGAAAGUCCACCAUGCUACAUAUUACAAAUUGAUGACUUUAGGUUUCUGUUGGAUUGCGGUUGGAACGAGCACUUUGACCCGGACUUUAUUAAAGAAUUGAAAAGGUAUACAAAUCAAAUUGAUGCAGUUCUCUUAACAUAUCCAGACAAUCUUCAUCUUGGAGCGCUUCCAUACUUAGUUGGAAAAUGUGGCUUGAGUUGCCCCAUUUAUUGCACAAUUCCAGUUUAUAAAAUGGGCCAAAUGUUUAUGUACGAUUUAUAUCAGUCACGAUAUAAUAUAGAGGAGUUCACAUUAUUUAAUUUAGAUGAUGUUGAUGCUGCAUUCGACAAAGUUAUACAACUUAAAUAUAACCAAACAGUCCAAAUGAAAGGAGGAAAGUGCUACGGACUAAGCAUAACACCAAUGCCAGCAGGACAUAUGAUCGGUGGAACCAUGUGGAAAAUCAAUAAAACUGGUGAAGAAGACAUAAUAUAUGGAAUAGAUUUUAAUCAUAAAAAAGAAAGACAUUUAAACGGUUGUGAUAUUGACAAAUUACAAAGACCUUCCCUUUUAAUUACCGACGCGUUUAACAGUACUUAUCAACAUGCUAGGCGGCGGUUACGAGACGAGCGACUUAUGACAAAUAUUCUUCAGACUUUAAGAAACAAGGGAAACAUUCUCAUAGCUGUCGAUACAGCUGGACGUGUUUUAGAACUGGCACAUAUGCUUGAUCAACUUUGGAGGAACAAAAGCUCAGGACUUCAAAAUCAUCCUUUGUGCUUAUUAAAUAAUGUUAGCUACAAUGUGGUCGAGUUUGCAAAAUCUCAGAUUGAGUGGAUGAGUGAUAAGCUGAUGAAAAGUUUUGAAGCAGUAAGGAACAACCCAUUCCAAUUUAAAAAUAUCCGAUUGUGUCAUAGUGUUAAUGAUAUACUAAAAUUACAAGCAUCCAAAGUGGUAGUUUUGGCUAGCAUGCCAGAUUUGGAAUGUGGAUUUGGAAGAGACCUAUUCAUUGAGUGGGCUAGUCAGCCUGAGAACUCAAUAAUAUUGACUUCAAGGUAUGUGUUUUGUAUUUUAUUCUCAGAAGAAAAGGAGAGCUCUUCUGAAGAUGAAUUGCAGUUGCUCAGUGUGAGCAAAGGGACUCACGAUUUGGUUAUAAAACCGGAAAAGAAACGAAAAAGUCGCAAAUCGGCUAGAAAAACUUACCCUAUGUAUCCUGUAAAUGACCAAAAGAUUAAAUUUGAUGACUACGGUGAACUUAUCAUUUUAGAAAAUUAUAAAUCACUCGAAGGAACAACAAUUUCCAUUGAGAAACCUGUAAAAAAGAAGAAAGAAGUAAUUCCAGAGUCAACAGAAGUUCCUACAAAAUGCGUGGUUACAAAAGAACGCAUCGAACUGAAAGCAAACGUACAGUUUAUAGACUUUGAAGGCCGUUCCGAUGGAGAGUCUAUGGAGAAGUUGAUCAUCCAGCUUAAACCUCGGCGAGUGAUAUUGGUGAGGGGAACACCUGACAAAACAGAGGCUUUAGCAAAACAUGUUACACAUUGGACAGAAGCGAAAGUAUAUACGCCAAACAAAGGUGAUGUUGUAGAUGCAACAUCAGAAGUCCACAUAUAUCAGAUUCGUCUUACUGAUGGAUUGGUUUCAUCCCUGAAAAUGCAAAAAGGAAAAGGAACAGAACUCGCGUGGAUUAAUGCUAGGACUACAUAUAGAGCUAAAGCCCCAGAUACGAUUCAGACAGAGAUGGAAGUUGAUGAAGAUGAGCCCACAGGAGAUACCAUCCAGGAUGAUCUUCUCAGUCUUGAGCCAUUGCCCCUUACCGAGGUAAACCCGCAUGAUUCAGUUCUAGUUAACGAAUUGAGGCUCUCCGAUUUAAAGCAGUUACUUUCAAAGAAAGGUAUCGAUUCGGAAUUUACAGCUGGUGUACUUUGGUGUUGUAACAGGACUAUUUGUAUCAAGAGGACUGACACCAGAAAAGUAUCAUUAGAGGGAUGGAUUUCCGAGAAUUAUUUCAAAGUUAGGGAAAUUUUGUACAGUCAAUAUGCUAUAUUAUAAUUUAUAAAAUAAACAAUGUCAAAUUUCAUAUUAAA